AUGUUCAGAUUAGUUACCUCAAAGGCCCCUUUGAAGAAUAUUGCCCUUCGCAACGCUGCUGUCAAGAGUGUUCGUGCUCCUGUUGCCACUCAAUUUUCUCGUUUCUACAGUACCCCUGCUGAUACUGAAUACGACGUUGUUGUCAUUGGUGGUGGUCCCGGUGGUUACCCUGCCGCUAUCAAGGCUGCUCAACAAGGCUUGAAGGUUGCCUGUAUUGAGAAGCGUGGUUCUCUUGGUGGCACCUGUCUCAACGUUGGUUGUAUCCCUUCCAAGGCCAUGUUGAACAACUCUCACAUCUAUCAUGAAACCAAGCACGGUUUGAAGAGCCGUGGUAUUGAGGUCUCCAAUGUUGAAUUGAACUUGCCUCAAAUGCACAAGGCCCGUGUCAAGGCUAUCACUGGUUUGACCAAGGGUGUCGAAUUCUUGUUCAAGAAGUACGGUGUCGACUACAUCAAGGGUACUGGUACCUUCAAGACUGCCAACGAAGUUGCUGUCGCUGGCUUGGAUGGUACUGAUUCCACCUUGAAGUCCAAGAACUUCAUCAUCGCUACUGGUUCUGAAGUUACUCCUAUUCCCGGAAUUGAGAUUGACGAAAAGAAGAUUGUCUCUUCCACCGGUGCUUUGGAAUUGCAACAAGUUCCCAAGAAGAUGGUUGUCAUCGGUGCUGGUGUCAUUGGUCUCGAAUUGGGUUCAGUUUGGUCUCGUCUCGGUGCUGAGGUUACUGUCGUCGAGUAUUUGGAUGCCAUUGGAGCUGGUAUGGACCCUGAGCUUGCCAAGAACUUCCACAAGUUGUUGCAAAAGCAAGGUCUCAAGUUCAAGAUGGCUACCAAGGUCAACGGUGCCAAGGUUGAGGGUGACAUUGUCAAGGUCGAUGUUGAAGCUGCCAAGGGCGGUAAGGCUGAAACUCUCGAAGCUGAUGCUGUUUUGGUUUCCAUCGGUCGUCGUCCUUACACCACUGGUCUCGGUUUGGAGAACGUUGGUGUUGAGGUUGACAACCGUGGCCGUGUUGUCAUUGAUUCCGAAUUCAAGACUAAUAUCCCCAACAUUCGCUGUAUCGGUGAUGUUACUUUUGGCCCCAUGUUGGCUCACAAGGCUGAAGAUGAGGGUUUCGCUGUUUCUGAGAUGAUCAGCACUGGUCAUGGUCAUGUCAACUACGAUGCUAUCCCCUCUGUCAUUUAUACUCACCCUGAAGUCGCUUGGGUUGGUAAGAACGAAUCCCAAUUAAAGGAAGAGGGUAUCAAAUUCAAGACUGGUUCUUUCCCCUUCGUUGCUAACUCUCGUGCUCGUACUAACGAUGACUCUGAUGGUUUGGUCAAGGUCAUUGCUGAUGCCGAAACUGACCGUAUCUUGGGUGUCCACAUCAUUGGUCCCAAUGCUGGUGAGAUGAUUGCUGAAGGUGUUCUUGCUGUUGAAUAUGGUGCUUCUGCUGAAGAUGUUGGUCGUACCUGUCAUGCUCACCCUACUCUUUCCGAAGCUUUCCGUGAGGCCUGUUUGAUCACCUCUUUUGGUCAAGCUAUCAACUUCUAA